AUGGGGGACCUGGCCAACAGCGCGGGGGAGGCCGGCCCCGGGGGGGGCUUCGGCUGCAGCCUGGCGGAGCUGCGGGCGCUGAUGGAGCUGCGCGGCGCCGAGGCCCUGCUGAAGGUGCAGGAGGCCUACGGGGACGUCCACGGGCUCUGCCGCCGCCUCCGCACCUCGCCCACCGACGGGCUGUCGGAGGGGGCGGCAGAGCUGGAGCGGCGGCGCCAGGUCUUCGGCCAGAACUGGAUCCCCCCGAAGCGCCCCAAGACCUUCGCGGAGCUGGUGUGGGAGGCGCUGCAGGACAUCACCCUCAUCAUCCUCGAGGUGGCCGCCGUCGUCUCCCUGGGGCUCUCCUUCUACGCCCCCCCCAGCGGGGACACCGAAGUCUGCGGCCACGCCUCGGGGGGCGCGGAGGACGAGGGGGAGGCGGAGGCGGGCUGGAUCGAGGGGGCGGCCAUCCUGCUGUCCGUGGCCUGCGUCGUCCUCGUCACCGCCUUCAACGACUGGAGCAAGGAGCGCCAGUUCCGGGGGCUGCAGAGCCGCAUCGAGCAGGAGCAGCGCUUCGCCGUCGUGCGCCACGGCCGCCAGGCCCAGGUCCCCGUCGCCGAGCUGGUGGUGGGCGACGUCGCCCAGGUCAAGUACGGGGACCUGCUGCCGGCUGACGGCAUCCUGAUCCAAGGCAACGACCUGAAGAUCGACGAGAGCGCGCUGACGGGGGAGUCCGACCACGUCCGCAAGUCGGUCGACAAGGACCCCAUGCUGCUCUCGGGCACCCACGUCAUGGAGGGCUCGGGGAAGAUGGUGGUGACAGCCGUGGGGGUCAACUCGCAGACCGGCAUCAUCUUCACCUUGCUGGGCGCUGGCGGGGAGGAGGAGGAGGAGGAGAAGAAGGAGAAGAAAGGGAAGCCCCAGGACGGCACGGUGGAGAACCUGCAGAGCAAAGCCAAGAAGCAGGACGGGGCGGUGGCGAUGGAGAUGCAGCCGCUGAAGAGUGCGGAGGGGGGGGACGUGGAGGAGCGGGAGCGGAAGCGGAGCGGCGGCCCCAAGAAGGAGAAGUCGGUGCUGCAGGGCAAGCUCACCAAGCUGGCUGUGCAGAUCGGCAAGGCAGGGCUGGUGAUGUCGGCGGUGACGGUGAUCAUCCUGGUGCUCUACUUCGUCAUCGAGACCUUCGUGGUGGAGGGCCGGCCCUGGCUGGCCGAGUGCACCCCCGUCUACGUCCAGUACUGGGUCAAGUUCUUCAUCAUCGGCGUCACCGUCCUGGUGGUGGCCGUCCCCGAGGGGCUGCCGCUGGCCGUCACCAUCUCCCUCGCCUACUCCGUCAAGAAAAUGAUGCGGGACAACAACCUGGUGCGGCACCUGGACGCCUGCGAGACGAUGGGCAAUGCCACGGCCAUCUGCUCCGACAAGACGGGGACGCUCACCACCAACCGCAUGACGGUGGUGCAGGCCUUCCUGGGGGACACCCACUUCCGCGCCCCCCCCGAGCCCGCCGCCAUUGCCCCGCGCACCCUCGACCUCCUGGUCCAGGCCAUCGCCAUCAACAGCGCCUACACCACCAAGAUCCUGCCCCCCGAGAGCGGGGGGCUGCCGCGGCAGGUGGGGAACAAGACGGAGUGCGCACUGCUGGGGCUGGUGCUGGCGCUGCGGCGGGACUACGAGGCGGUGCGGGCGCAGGUCCCCGAGGAGCGGCUCCACAAGGUCUACACCUUCAACUCCGUCCGCAAGUCCAUGAGCACCGUCACCCGCCUGCCCGCCGGUGGCUUCCGCCUCUACAGCAAGGGCGCCUCCGAGAUCCUCCUGCGCAGGUGCUGCGCCAUCCUGGGGGGCGGCGGGGAGGCGCGGGCCUUCGGGCCGCGGGACCGGGAGGACGUGGUGCGGAAGGUGGUGGAGCCGAUGGCGGCGCCGGGCCUGCGCACCCUGGUCCUGGCCUUCCGCGACUUCCCCCCCGUCCCCGAGCCCCCCUGGGAGGACGAGGCCCGCGUGGUGGGCGAGCUCACCUGCAUCGCCGUCGUCGGCAUCGAGGACCCCGUGCGCCCCGAGGUGCCCGAGGCCAUCCGGAAGUGCCAGCGGGCCGGGAUCACGGUGCGGAUGGUGACGGGGGACAACCUGAACACGGCGCGGGCCAUCGCGGCCAAGUGCGGCAUCCUGCCCGCCGGCGAGGACUGGCUCUGCCUGGAGGGGAAGGAGUUCAACCGCCGCAUCCGCAACGAGAAGGGGGAGAUCGAGCAGGAGCGCCUCGAUAAGGUCUGGCCCAAGCUGCGGGUCCUGGCGCGGUCGUCGCCCACCGACAAGCACACCCUGGUCAAAGGGAUCAUCGACAGCACCAUCGGGGACCAGCGGCAGGUGGUGGCCGUCACGGGGGACGGCACCAACGACGGCCCCGCGCUCAAGAAGGCCGACGUCGGCUUCGCCAUGGGCAUCGCGGGGACGGACGUGGCCAAGGAGGCGUCCGACAUCAUCCUGACGGACGACAACUUCUCCAGCAUCGUCAAGGCGGUGAUGUGGGGCCGCAACGUCUACGACAGCAUCUCCAAGUUCCUCCAGUUCCAGCUGACCGUCAACGUGGUGGCCGUGGUGGUGGCCUUCACCGGGGCCUGCAUCACCCAGGACUCCCCGCUGAAGGCCGUGCAGAUGCUGUGGGUCAACCUCAUCAUGGACACCUUCGCCUCGCUGGCGCUGGCCACCGAGCCGCCCACGGAGGCCCUGCUGCUGCGCAAGCCCUACGGCCGCAACAAGCCCCUCAUCUCCCGCACCAUGCUGAAGAACAUCCUGGGCCACGCCGCCUACCAGCUCGUCAUCAUCUUCACCCUCCUCUUCGUCGGGGAGGUCUUCUUCGACAUCGACAGCGGGCGCAACGCCCCCCUGCACUCGCCGCCCUCGGAGCACGACACCAUCAUCUUCAACACCUUCGUCAUGAUGCAGCUCUUCAACGAGAUCAACGCCCGCAAGAUCCACGGCGAGAGGAACGUCUUCGACGGCAUCUUCGCCAACCCCAUCUUCUGCUCCAUCGUCCUGGGCACCUUCGCCAUCCAGAUCGUCAUCGUGCAGUUCGGGGGGAAGCCCUUCAGCUGCUCCCCGCUCAGCGCCGAGCAGUGGCUCUGGUGCCUCUUCGUGGGGGUCGGCGAGCUCGUCUGGGGGCAGGUGAUGGCGGGGGUGCCCGGGGGGCGGCUGCGCUGCCCCGGGGCGGGGCCGGGCGUGGCGGGGCGGCGGCCGGCGGCAGAGGAGGAGGAGGAGGCGGAGGUGGACGCGGCCGAGCGGGAGCUGCGCCGGGGGCAGGUGCUCUGGGUGCGCGGCCUCAACCGCAUCCAGACCCAGAUCCCCCGACCCUUCACCCCUGACCUUACAGAUCCCCUGACCCUGCACCUCUGA